CGACCAUCCAUCCACGACCACACGUGGUGCAGCAAGCGAAAGUCGACGCAACGGUCUGGUGCUAGAGCGGACAGGUGCGUAAGACAAGCACAUCAAUCAUACAUAUACCUACACCAUCGACACAAAAGCACAGAACCACCAUGUAUACAAAAGCACCAUCAAUGAAUGAAUGCAUGUACAUGUACAUGUACGGGUCUGCAGCUGCGUACACACGCAUAUAUAUGCCGCUACUAGCUAUGGAUAAAUAUAGACAAACGCACAAUAUUGUACACAGACACAGAUAGACAGACAGGACACAAACAGACUCAAACGCCAAGAGCUACGAGAACAGAGCCGCUGUGUACCCAACCGCGAAGCCAACCAGCUCCACCAAAAAGAGCACCCCAUUGCCGGCCGUCGCCUCGCCCCACACCAUAUUAAAGGCAGACACGAGCGGUGCCUCCUCACUAGACCUGCUAUUCCACUGCAGGAUCGGCACGGCGAGCUGAGUGUACUGUGCACCAGCAGAAGCCAAACCAAGCGCCACGAGGACAACCAGGAUCACGAGGUGCACGCCCAUACCACUAAAACCGGCUUCUUGAGGCAUAGGGGCCCAGACCGCAAAGUGAAUGUACGCUGUCGCCAAAAUGGCACAGAAAGCGUGUGCCGCAAAGAGCCGCCCUCUCCAGUUCAGAGGGAGCGAAGUCACAGGUCGUCCAGACAGCGCCACACGCACGGCCUUGGUCACUCGCAUCGCGAAGAAGUGUGCGGCCGCCACGAAAAGGGAGGCGAAGAGAAAAGUCCAGUAGUAGGGGUCGAAGAGAGCGCGAUCCCGAGCCGGGGGGAAAACGAAGAGCAGGGGAGUCGUAAACCACAGGUGGUGCCCGACGAUCAGCAUGUAGAAGUUCAUCGAGUAAAACUGAACCAUCCACACAACCAGACAACGGAACAAAGAGAGGAAGCCAGACAACGGAACAAAGAGAGGAAGGAACACCAAAUGAGUGGAAUGAACGCAUUGCCACACUCCUUCACCUCACCCUCUUCAUCUUCAACUGUUCCCCGUCUGCCGUUCGAGCCGCACGACUCACGGCACCACCACUUCUUGCCGCCACAGCCGCGAGGCGCAGAUCUGGCCUCUGGGAGGCAGACGCCACAGUGGAGGCACCAGGCGAGGCAUCGAACGGCCGAGAUGAGAUUGACGACAUGGGAGAGGUGCCGCCCUGCUCCAGAUCUGCCGAAGCGGCAACGGGAUCAGCCGGAUCAGGAGGGAGAUCAAUCACCGGGAUCGAGGGAGAACCAACCAUGGGAACUGGCGGAGCGACCACACGGGGAGCCAUGGUCCUCAGCGAGAAAGGGGGAAAAGGAAGAAAGGGG